AUGCCACCAAAAGGUUGGAGAAAAGAUUCUGGAGGUAAUUAUCCUAACACAUCCUACGUGAAGGAACAAGAGAAGAUAAGCAUUGAUGAUUUACUAUUCCCCAAGAGCUUAAUCAUGUCGCUGGCGAAGGAGUCGAUACACAGUGCAUUCCAAAAUGGGGAUGAAGAGAGGCGAGUAACUGUUAGCAAAGAUGCGGCGCUAGCAAUGCAGAGAUCUGCUACGGUAUUUGUGAAUCACCUUUUGACGUUUGCACAAAUGAACGCGAAGAAGAAUAAUAGAAAAAGUUGCAAUGAGCACGAUAUUAUGAUGGCUCUAGACACACUAGGGUUUGGGGCGCUUAAAAGCAUAUUAGUUGAGAAAAUGGAAGGAUAUCAAAAAGCUAUGCAAUGGAAGAAGCAGAACAAACAAAAUAAGAAUGACGCUAACGGCGAUAUAAUAAUGGACGAGGACGAGGACGAGGACGAGGAUGAAGAGGAAGAGGAAGAGGAAGGUACAGAAGAAGCAGUAAGCGGGCAAGAUAAAGGACAAGCGGCAGAAGAUGGAACGGAUGUAGAACCAAAGAAACGGAAAACGGAUCAAUGA